CACACCAGCGUUUAUAGUUGAAAUAAAAGCGGGUCUCCAGCACAACAGAAACAGAUUUCUUCUCCUUGCUCACUGAUUUGGAUCCGAUAUGGGACACCUGACGAGCGUGAUGAAAUGCGACACCUGCCAAAGUCAUGUUCCUGAAACAAGACGAACCCACUCCUGCACCAAAUGUUGUCUGGGCCCUCUGUCAUUUCACCCCUCAACUAAGGGGCUCCACAUCAUUAUGAGUAAGAGUCAUCGUAUGGCUGAGCGUCAAGUCAGCUUUCAUAAUGGCAUCGUUCUCACGAACCGAGCCAUCUCUGUGAGGGAGCAGGUGCAGCUCCAAAUUGAGCGCACUGAGAACAUGUGGCAUGGUGCUCUCCGUUUGGGCUUCACCAGUUUUUGCCCUUCACACUUAAGCCAGUGUACUUUACCUCCAUACGCCUGCCCUGACCUUGACAGACAGUUGGGUUUCUGGGUAGCUCCCUUGCCAGAGGAGUGUGCCCGCCAAGGGGACAUGAUUUCCUUUUGGGUGAGCAGAAGAGGAAGGAUCCACUACAGGGUAAACGAUGGCAGAGACUACCUGCUGUUAGAAGACGUGGACGUGUCCAAGCCUCUUUGGGGUCUCAUUGAUGUAUAUGGGCAGACAGUUGCAAUCAAGAUGCUGGGCUCAGUAAAGAAGGGUCGUUUUCUAACUUAUAAAGUGUCAUGCCCUCCAGAGGCACUUCCUGACAUGGAACCACAGAAACCCAUUCCUGACAUUAAUCCAAGACCUCCAGAUUCAACAGAUCAAGAAGAUGAAGACUGCUUAGUGUGCUUCUCAAUGGCUGCUGACACUGUUCUCACAUGUGGCCACCAAUGCAUGUGCACCUCGUGUGCUCUCAUCAUCAAGGAAAGGUUUGGUGUGUGUCCGCUGUGUCGUCAGGUCAUUUUGACAAUCUCCCAAAGAUGCCCAUCUUCCUCAAAGUCGUUUGUGGUUUGAGGCGAACACCAUGUCUGCUAGUCAGCAACUCCUUACCUGAAUGUUAGGAUUCUCCAGAAGAUAAUCUGCAUGCCUUUGAAGGAUGGUUAGAAACCUGUCAAGGAGUCCCAUUUGGGAGAAUGAGAUGAGUAUUCCUGAAUUCUUCAAUAGAAGAAAAAAGGCAAGGAAUGGAAGUUACAAGGCAAAGAGUCUGUUCUUUGAUUGUCAACUAAAUCUAAGGUUUGAUUUCACUGGACUCAUGUUGA